AUAAACGGAGCGGAGCCGUCGGUCCCGCUUUCACCGCAACAGUUGAUCGGAGCGCAGCGUCAGGACGCAGCGUCGGACACGUUGAGCACCGGAGCCGCGGUACCGAGAGGCGGAGGAGAAGCAGCAGCAGACCCCGCAGGAUAAUAUUCCUCCGAUUUAUCCUCUUUUUGUGUGCUUGUUGCUGUCGCCGGGAUAACUCGUGUCGGGAAUCCGCCGCUCCUGAGUGGCGGUGCGGCGCGGACACGUUAUAUAAGGCGAAUAACGGGCGGAUGAGCCCGUGUGGCGGCGGAGCGGCGCUGAUCACCGAGCCGAGCCGAACCCCCAGCUCUUAACUCGUUCAUGCGUGUGCGCCCGGUCACGUUACCGACGUCCAGGCUAACCGUGCCGCCGAUGCCGUGUGGCUCCGCUUUAGCUUAGGCGGCUAACCGGGACGCGCAGCUGCCGCGGAUGAGCGCAGCGGAAUGAUGAGCAGAAGGAGCCUCCAGCGGCGCUAAUGGAUCACCGGAACGGCCAGAACCCGCUCAGGAUUCGGUUUGUGUGAGCUUCCCAGCCCAGCCUCGGUGUCGGUUCGCCCCCGCCUCCCUGCAGAGCCGCCGGGCCCCAUUGAUAAAGUGUCCGGGACGCGGAGAAUGGGCCCGAGUCUUAAUUUGGACAACAAAGAAUUAGGCUGCUGAGCUGUUAGAUAAGCGCUUUGAGCUAAGAAGCUCCACCGAUCACCGUCUGGACCCUGCAGCUCCCCGGACUCCAUCUCAGCCGGUUUUUGUCGUGUGUGCGCCGCCGCUAUGGGUAGUCCCGCCGGGCCGGUGGACGUGGAGCCCAUGCCGGGCUACUUGGAGCUGAUCAGCAGAGCCUCCGCCGUCAUGCUGGACGCCUGGACGGACUGUGGCGGCUGCGGGCUGGAGCUCUCCAGACGGACUCUCCUGGAGAACGCCAACAUUACCUGGACCGAGAUCGGCCUGUUCUUCUUUUGCGCCUUUUUGUGGACGCAGAUCAGGAAAGGACUGACACAAAGUCUGUUUAAGCCUCUUGCACAGUGGUGGCGGCUGAUGCCCAAAGAUGCUGCCAAGAUGCCGGAGAGCGCGUGGAAGCUGCUCUUCUGCAGCAUGUCAUGGUCCUACAGCACCUACCUGCUCUUCUUCACCUCCUACUCCUUCUUCCAUGACCCACCCUCCGUCUUCUACAACUGGAAGAGUGGUAUGUCAGUGCCUACAGACAUCGCCAUAGCCUACCUGAUCCAGGGCAGCUUCUAUGGCCACUCCAUCUAUGCCACCAUCUACAUGGACGCCUGGAGGAAGGACUCUGCAGUGAUGGUGGUUCAUCACAUCAUCACGCUGGCGCUCAUCAGCUUCUCCUACGCCUUCAGAUACCACAACGUAGGGAUCCUGGUGUUGUUCCUCCACGACAUCAGCGACAUCCAGCUGGAGUUCACUAAGCUCAAUGUCUACCUGAAGUCCAGAGGAGGAGGUUAUUACCUGCUGAACGACAUCCUGUCCAACACCGGCUCCGUCUGCUUCAGCAUCACCUGGUUCUGGUUCCGUCUCUACUGGUUCCCCCUCAAAGUUCUGUAUGCCACCUGUGUGUCCAGCUUCCAGUCCGUCCCCAACAUCCCCUUCUACUUCUUCUUCAACACUCUGCUUUUCGCUCUGCUGCUCAUGAACAUCUACUGGUUCUUGUUUAUCGUGGUUUUUGUGGUGAAGGUGCUGAAGAUGAAGGAGGUGAACGAUGUCCGGGAGUACGAGGACGAGGACAGCAGCAGGGCAGCAGGCAACAGGAAACCUCUGGCAGCGAACAACGAGGACGAUGCUGGACAUCACAACUCUGCCCAGGGGAAGCACGUGCAGAACGGCGUCGCCAAGGAGAAGCAUCUAUAACCGGCUCUCCGGCGCCACCGCCUGGCUCCAGGAAACGACGACGAGACGCCGGAAAAAAGCCUCUCAGCCGGAGGGGACGAGCGUCAAAACAGAAACAGAAAGGAAGGUGGAAGAAAAAAGAAAAAACAAACAAAAAAACAACUUAGGGUGCGAUGAGUUUUUCUUCUUUUGGUUUUAAAACAUUUUCAUUUCAUCGCUGUCGGUUUUGUUUUCUCCUUAGAGCACUGUGAAUGUUCUCUCAGCUGUCUUACCGUCGUUUAACUUCACGUUCAAUAGAUUCAGUAGAAAAACAAGCCAGUCGGGCUGCGUGCAGAAGAAGCGUCAGGAAGGAAAGCGGUUCAGGAGAUGUGUAGGGGCCCGAUCAGCAAGCAACAUGCUCAAAAACUCCGUCCGUAAGUCCGUGUGGAGGGGAGGCCUUCCUGGCUGCUUCGCCACAUGUAUUGAUUUCACUGCAGUGGUGGCGUCUGCACAGCUGCAUCCAUUAGUCUGAAUAGAAAAGCAGGUGUGUGUGAGAGUGUGUUAGUGUGUGUGUGGAGAAAACACGGAUGUAGCCGAGACUUAAAAGAUUUUAAAAAAACAGACAAAAAAAAGUUAGUUUCACGACAUUUCAACUCUCAGUUUGUCUCUUUGUACCGAUGAUCAAACAGGCAUUGGGAAUCUCCUCUUUGGCAUUCCUGUACGGAGUUAUUUUAUGUUUUUUGGUUUUUUUUGUGUUGCUAAGCGUCUGUCGCUGCACAUGAAGGCGUACAAGCUGAUUGCUGGUUUAAUGACAGCAAAUAGCUUUGAAUUGAUUGACCGGGUUUUGUUGUUUUAUUUUUUUAAACGCUCCAUGAUUUGAUUCUCCUCGGUGGUGAAAUAGCCCCAGAGUGUAAAGAUUUAAAAAACAGACUAAAAAAUCUGUAUGAUUAAUAGAAAAAAACAUUAUGUAUGCACACAUUAUGGUAUUCAGGAAUGCAUGACGUCGGAAUGAUUCAGGAAAUUAUGCUAUGAAAUCCUCUAGCUAUGUAAUCAUCUUUAUUAAAACUCAUGCUGAAAGUUUUCCGAGCAGCGGCGAACGCGAGGAAAUUGGUGCGGGAUUCGUUCGAAAUUGGGUUGUGAGGGAAGAUACACUGUCCGUCCAAAAAAAAAAAAGAAAAAGUCACACACGAAAAUUUAAUUGGACCGACUUUUAGCUCUGAGGACGACACUCAUUCGCCGUGGCAUCGUUUCAGGAACCUUCUGCAAAGUCACAGCAUUGGAUUCAUUUCCUACCAAGAUCUUCUACUGACAAUGUCGGACAAAGACUUCAUCCUAAAGAUCCUCAAUGGGGCUGAGGUCUGGAAUCUGUAGAGGACAAUCCAUCUCCUGCUCCCUGAUCCACUCAUUCUCAAUGUGACCCCAUGAAUCUUGGCAUCGUCAUCUUGGAACAUGAAGAAAAGCUCCAUUGAUGGAAAGACCUGGUCCUUCAGUAUCUUCAGGGAGUCAGCUGACCUCAUUCUUUGGGAACAUAACGUUGCUGAACCUGACCAACCCCAGAUCAUAACUCUAACCCCCACUAGCCAUGAUGAGGGCAUCACUUCAUCCGUCUCUCUUCUUACCCUGAUGCCCCCAUCACUCUGGAACAGGGUAAAUCUGGACUCAUCAGACCACAUGACCUUCUUCCAUUGAGUCCAAUCUUUAUGCUACCAGCAAACUGGAGCCUUUUUUGUCCUGAUUAGCUUCACUGAUCAGUGGUUUUCUUUGAGCUACAGCUGUUUAGUCCCAAUCCUUGUGGAAAUGUUCUUACUUUCGCUAUCAAACAGCCGUGAGUUCUACUGUUGGUUUCCUACGAUCAUCUAAGAGUUUGUUCCUGAAAAUGAUGGACUGUCCUUCAGGUUUUAAUAAUGCGUUGGACUGUGCAUCAGCAGUAAUGAGGGCGUUGUAUCGAAACGUCGUGGUGAAGAGGCUUGAUUUACCAUCCAUCUACGUCCCGACCCUCACCUAUGGUCAUGAGCUCUGGGUAGUGACCGAAAGUACAAGAUGGUGGAUACAAGCAGUUGAAAUGAGCUUCCUCUGUAGGGUGGCUGGGCUCAGCCUUAGAGAUGGGGGAGAAGCUCAGACAUCUGGAGGAAGUUCGGAGUAGAGCCGCUGCUCCUUCACCUCUAAAGGAACCAGUUGAGGUGGUUUGGACCUAUGAUUCAGAUCCUCCAGGGAGACUUCCUCUGGAGGUUUUCCGAACAUGUCCACCUGGGAGGAGAUCCCGGGGCAGACACAGAACCUGCUGGAGGGAUUAUAUAUCUCAUCUGGCCUGAGAACGCCUCGGGAUCCACCAGGAAGAGCUGGAAAGUGUUGCUGGAGGGAGGGAUGUCUGAAAUGACUUGCUUCAUCUGCUGCCUCCAUAACCCGACCCCGGAUAAGAGGAAGACAAAGGAUGGAUGGACGGUACUUAACCUGAUUUUAGUAGUUUCAGAAAUCUCCUUAGCUGUUUUCUUUGCUUGAUGCAGGCCAAUAAUUUGACCCUUCUGAGACAGAUUAACAUCCUUUCCUUGACCACAGGAUGUGUCUUCCAACAUUUAACCCUCCUGUUGUCCUCAUUGACGGGCACCAAAAAAUAUUGUUUUCUUGUCUAAUUCAAUUCAAUUCAAUUUUAUUUAUAUAGCGCCAAUUACAGUCAAAUUGUCUCGAGACGCUUUACAGAACCCAUAUGCCUGAACCCCCAGCACAGCCCUAAGGAGACAGUGGCAGGAAAACACCCUUUUAACAGGGAAAAAACCUCAAGCAGAACAAAAAAUCAAAAAAUUCUGCCAAAAAAAUUCCCCAAUUUUCUGAACAUUUACAAAACCUUCAGGAAGAAAAUUCAAAUAAUAAAAAAAAUCCCCCAAAUUUGGCAAGAAAAUUCUUGUAAAUAUUUUCAAAAAAUGAGUAAAAAUCUUCCCAAAAAAAUCCUAAAAAUAUCUAAAGUGAUUCCAUAUAUAUCAGGAAAACUUCUAAUAUUUUCUUUGAGAACAUUCACAUAAAAAUCAACCAAAAUCCAGUGAAAUUCGCUGGAUUUUUUUUUUGUGUAUGUUCUUUAGAAAUCUUUCUUUUUUCCCCACUAGAAAAUGUUGAAAAAUUUCCCCAAAAUGUUAAAAAUGUUGAAAAUGUGGACAUCAGAAAUUUCACUGUGAAUUUUUUUUUUCCCCCCACAUUUUCAAACUUUAAACCGGGUCAAUUGAAGCUCUUCACUGCAUCAGCUGGGCUUAAAGAAGUAAUUAUCCAAUGGAAGGCUCUUACCUUGCUUUUUUUUUUUUGGAUGGGCAGUGUAUUUGUGUGUUCUGAACAUUAAAUUACACUUUAAAGGGAAUUCUUUCGCUCGUUUCCUGCUGGUUUACUUUGUGUUCGUGGAAACAGCUGCUGCUUCCGUUUCAAAAUAAGGGAUAUUCACUUGAUUUCCACCUCUUCGAUCAAAUUCAAGCUCUUGUUUGGAUGAACAGCAGGCUUGUGCCGCUGGAGCAGGCUGCAGAUGUCGUCUGUCCGUAGGAUUUUUAUCAUUUUUGUCUUCCGCGAUCCUGACGCUAAGGGAGGAAGGAGCUAAAACUAUUAAUUUUACUAUUAUUGUCGUAGUUGAGGUUUUAUUUUUUUGGAAUUGCUGCUGUUUUGUUUUGUUUUUCCUGUGAGAGCACUGUUUGUAUUCCAGAUGUGUUGUCGUUUCUCUGCUGUGUGUGAGUCAGCGACAGUCUGCAGAUGUUUCCAGGGACCAGGGAGAGUCGCUUUUACGCAACAUCUGGAUUCUCUUCCUCCGAAUCUGAAUGCUGGCUCGCGCUCAGUUUACUGUAGUCGUUACACAUCUGUACUGUAGGCAGCGGGACGAAGCGUCGCCGUCCUUCCUGUUCGACUGUGAGACGACCUUAUUCAGAGUUUGCUGAUGUUUUUAUUUUGUUAAACGGCGACAGAAGUGAAUAAAAAUCUGAAAGGAGGGUUGAAGUUUGCAGUUAAAAAUCCACAAAGACCUGGAUCCGGAUUCGGUGCGACUCGUCCCUAAAGUCCGACACGGUACUGAGAGGUCCAGAUGUGUCGAACCACAAGCAGAUGUGGAGGAGUGGCUACAUCUGGGGGUGAGCAACAUGAGGAGGUAGAGGUUCUGUCAUUUGGAUUUUUGUUUCUCAUCAAUUAGCAAGAAAUGGCGUCCAAUUUCUCCAAGUUUAAAGUUUACUCUCCUGUGCACCAUUAGAGUUAACCCUCCUGUUGUCUUCAUUUACAGGCAUUCCUUGUCUGAAAGAAAUCCAAAAAUUCAGCAAAAACAUUUCUGAAAAUUUGCAAAAACUUCAGGAAGAAAAUUCCAAUAAUUCCUUAAAAGUUUCCCUUAAAAGUUUAAUUUUUAAAAAAAAAUCCCCCAAAUUUGGCAAGAAAAUUCUUGUAAAUAUUUUCAAAAAAUGAGUAAAAAUCUUCCAAAAAAACCUAAAAAUAUCUAAAGUGAUUCCAUAUAUAUCAGUAAAACUUCUAAUAUUUUAUUUAAGAACAUUCACAAAAAAAUCAACCAAAAUCCAGUGAAAUUCACUGGAUUUUGGUUGAUUUGAUUUUUUUUUGUCAAUGUUCUUAAACAUUUUUUUAACAUUUCUUUUUUUCCACCAAAAAAUGUUCAAAGAUUUCCCAAAAACAUUGAAAAUGUGAACACCAGAAUUUUCACUGUGAAAAUAGAUUUUUUUCCCACAUUUCAAAUUUUAAAACGGGUCAGUUUUGACCCGCAGGACGACACGAGGGUUAAAUAGGAAACUUGCCGUUUUUUUCACUAAUAACUACCAAGAAAAAGGCAGAAAAGUGAGCUCACAGUGGUCUAAUAAUUAUUUCCAAAGCUGAAGAGUCUCAUUCAUGUUGCUCACCUCUGAUUACGACCCAGAACUGACUAAAACUACCUGAGAUGAAACGAAGAACCUUUUUAGAACGUCUUGUUUCUGUACAGAUUGGGCCGAUUCUUCCAGUCGAGGUCGCCUCUGUGUUUCCGUACGUUAAAGAAGUUAGUAAAGUGACCGACGUCGGUCAGAGCAGGACCACUUUAGUGCAAAUUUAAAUCAAGCUGUGGAGGAUUUAGCUGUAAAUGUUUGGUGUCUGUUAGUUGAUCAGGGAGCGCAAUAACAGAAGCAGUGUUUGCAAACAGCAGUGAAGCGGCCUGACUGACAGGGCUGCAGAGGUUUAGUGUUAACGGCUCGAUCCAUGGAAAAAUCAACCAAAUCUGAGAAAAAUAUCCCACCAGACCUCCUCAGAAUCAGCCGAUUUAUCAUCUGCAGUGACUCUAACCCUCCUGUUGUCCUCAUUUACGGGCACCAAAAAAUAUUGUUUCCAAAAAUUCAGAAAAAAAUUACCCAAAUUUAUGAAAAUUUGAAAAAAUCUUCAGGAAGAAAAUUCCAAUAAUUCCUUAAAAGUUUCCCUUGAAAUUUUUAUUUUUAAAAAAUCCCCCAAAUUUGGCAAGAAAAUUCUUAUAAAUAUUUUUUUAAAAAUGAGUAAAAAUCUUUCAUAAAAAUCCUAAAAAUAUCUAAAGUGAUUACAUAUAUAUAUCAGGAAAACUUCUAAUAUUUUCUUUAAGAAACAUUCACAUAAAAAUCAACCAAAAUCCAGAGAAAUUCGCUGGAUUUUGGUUGAUUUUUUUGUGAAUUUUCUUAAGAAACAUUUUCAACAUUUUUUUCCACAAAAAUUUUCAAAAAUUUCCCAAAAAUGUUGAAAAUGUGGACAUCAGAUGUUUCACUGUGAAAAUAUAUUUUUUCCACAUCUUCAAACUUUAAAACGGGUCAAUUUUGACCCGCAGGACGACAUGAGGGUUAAAGCCACUAAAGUUAUUGUACAGAGAAAGUCAGCUGAUUGUGAGGAGGUCAUUUGGGAGGAAUUGAUUGAUUUCCAUGGAAUCGACAUCUGGACUCUGGCUGAAGCUCUCCCCCAUUUAUGUAAAUUAAAACUAAUCUGGGGGUGGUCAUGAAGUGAGCCGUUGCUGGUGGGUUUUUGAGUCCAGCAGCAACAUUAUUUAUGUUGAAAUAAUCAGAAUUAUUGUAAUAUAUUCAAGUUUGGCCCCCGGAGUGAUGGUAAAUAAAAAUUUUUAAAAACGAAGGCAAAUUCACAAACCGAGCGGCAGUAAAGUGUCGUUUUGUGCGAGCCGAAGGUUUUUCGACUUGACCAAAUCCUCACUGGAAGUUUCGAUUGUGCCAAAAACGUCCACCAAACUCCGAGGCGAGUGUUUGUGGGAGCUGGCGAAGAGCGAAGAGUCGAGUGUGACGGGCAGAAAAAGCCCUGCAGGUAUUUCUUAUACAUUGCACUGUAAUUUAUUAGUAUUAUUUUUAUUAUUCAGUAGUAGAUCAAAAUUUUAAACAAAAGGGAGCAUUUUGGGGGAAUUUUUAUGACUGAAGGAUCAUGAAGGAAAAAAUAAAUCAGUUAAUUUAAAGUGUAUUUUGCUGAUAUUUUGGACCAUUGGUACACACUGUAACAAAUUACCCCACAUGUUUUUGAAUUUGACCACUUUCUAAACCAACAUGACUACUUGAUAAAGACACGGAACUUUUUGCUCUUUUUGUAAUACAAUUUUAAUACCAUUCAGCCAAUGUUAUCAUUUCAUUUUUUUCUCAUAAAAUAAAACAUGUCAGUAAACAAACAA